GAAGAGAGCAAUACACAGUCUAUCUGAUAGAGGGAGGGGAGGCGCCGCCGUCAGAUCCCGACCUAUGGCCUGACGCCCCGCGACAUGCCGCCCAUGCUUGCGGAGGCGCCGCCGCCAUCCUCCUCCUCCGCGAUCUGGUCGCGCCGCCGCGACGACAUCACCUUCGACCGCCUCGACAAGUUCUGGAGUGCCUUAUCGCCUCAGGCACGGCAUGAGCUCCUCAGAAUCGAUAAACAGACCCUCAUUGAGCAUGCUAGAAAGAAUUUGUACUGUUCAAGGUGCAAUGGGCUGCUUUUAGAAUGUUUUACACAAAUAGUCAUGCGUGGGAAGUCACUGCAUCAAGAGGGCUCAUGUGAAAUAGAUAAUGUUCAGGACCUAUCAGUUCAUAACUGGGGGGGGCUUUCAACAACAAGAGAAGGCAUCUUGACUCUUCUUGACUGCUUCAUAAAUGCAAAAUCCCUUCAUGUUCUCCAGAAUGUAUUUGACAAUGCACGAGCUAGGGAGCGUGAACGGGAAAUGCUUUAUCCUGAUGCAUGUGGUGGAGGAGGAAGAGGAUGGAUUAGCCCAGUAAUAGCUAAUUAUGGUAGGGGUCAUGGAAUACGAGACACAUGUGCUUUGCACACUGCACGCCUUUCUUGUGAUGCUCUGGUGGGUUUCUGGUUUGACCUGGGUGAAGAAACUAGAUCAUCUCUUCUACGGAUGAAGGAGGAAGAUUUCAUCGAAAGACUUAUGCAUAGGUUCGACAGCAAGAGAUUUUGCAGAGACUGCCGACGGAAUGUUAUUCGUGAAUUUAAGGAACUGAAAGAAUUAAAGCGCUUGCGUCGUGAACCUCGCUGCACUAGCUGGUUCUGUGUUGCUGACACGGCUUUCCAGUGUGAGGUGUUUGAGGAUGCUGUUCUAGUUGAUUGGCGCCAAUCUUUCUUGGAUCAUGACAGAUCCUAUAAUCGUUUUGAGUGGGCUAUUGGAACAGAUGAAGGAAAAUCUGAUAUACUGGGAUUUGAAAAUGUAGGAAUGAAUCGGCAAGUCCACAGGAAAGGCCUUGAUCUUGACCAGUUUGAAGAUUAUUUUGUUACUUUGAAAGCAUCGAGUCCAGAUGGCAGCUCCAGACAGUUCUGCGUGAAGGCACAUGCCUUGAAGGGCCAAUCAUGUGUUCAUCGCAGGCUGAUCGUGGGGGAUGGGUUUGUGACAAUUACUGAGGGAGAAAGCAUUGAAAGUUUCUUUGAGCAUGCUGAAGAAGCUGAGGAAGAGGAUGAAGAUGAUGCUAUGGAUAGGGAUGGAAAUGAUCCUGAUGUUGAUGGUGCUCAUCCACAGAAGCAUGCUAAGAGUCCUGAACUUGCGAGAGAGUUUCUUUUGGAUGCUGCUACAGUUAUAUUCAAAGAACAGGUUGAAAAAGCUUUGAGGGAAGCCACGGCACAACAAAAUGCACACAGCGUAUUUGUGUCCCUUGCAUUAAAACUGUUGGAAGAGCGGGUUCAUGUUGCAUGCAAAGAGAUAAUUACAUUGGAAAAACAGACCAAGCUUCUUGAGGAAGAGGAGAAAGAGAAGCGUGAAGAAGAAGAGCGCAGGGAGAGGAGGAGAACAAAAGAGAGAGAAAAGAAGCUUAGAAGAAAAGAACGGUUGAAAGAAAAGGAGAAAGAAAGGAUGCCCGUUCAGUCAAAACCUUCAAAUGAUACUUUGUCAUCACCUCUGAGCUACUCAGCGAUACCAGUUAAUGAUCAGUCACCAGACAUUUCCCACUCUGAAUACCCAGCUAGCGAUGACGAAGAUAGUGUUGUGGUCACAGAAUCAUUCUCUCCUGAUACCUCUGUUGAUCAAUCCCUAACAAGCAAACCUGAUGGACUGAACGAGUUCCGUUGCAGUACAACACCGGAACUUAUUCCAUCAGAUUGCAAUGGCACUUUCAUGUGUGAACAAUCUACAUCCUCAAGGAGGAAACUCAGAUUUAGAAGGGAUUCCCUUCAAGAACAGAGCACUGGUUUUUGGUAUGAAGAUUGCCAAGAUGACCAAGGGGCCAUUGGAGAUAUUCACUGGCAAUCUAGGGAGAGAGCAAGGAAUGCUGGUAGAGGUUGUAACUCUGCAUUUGGUGCAAAUAACCGAACAAGAGAAAGGUACGAGUACAACGCCUGCAGUUGUGGCCAACAGGAAGAUUAUAGGUACUUUUCUUCAACAGCUAGAUCAAGUAGGGAGAUGAAGAUGUCCAGGAAAACAAUAGUUGAGAAGCCCAGGUUGCAGUAUCGCCGGUGCUAUCCAUUGGAUAGCUUCAUAGUGUCAAAAGGAAGCCGUGUUGGCAGUACAUCAAACAAGAAUGUGGCUCCAAAACAAGUAUGGGAGCCAAUGGAUGCUAGAAAGAAAGCUAGCUUAGGGAGCUCAAAUGAUGCUUCUGAAACAGUUGAUGGUGCUGAUGGAUCCAAUCAAAUGGUAUCUUCAAAAGAUAUCGUCAAUAGCAAUCAAAAUCAUAACCUGGAGUGUGAAGUGCUAGCUGAGGCUUGUUCUGAUAGAGCUGGAGAAGCUUGCAGAUCAAAAACAGAUCAGCCACGUGAAAAUGGUGAAAAUAAUCGAGAUGCCUGCAAUGAUGAACCUCUUGUGGUGAACAAGCCAGAUUGCUGCCUGGCAAAAGAUGGUCAGAUGCCAACCAUGACCAGUUCAGAUAGCUCUUCAUGUCUAAGUGAGGGGGACAGAGAUAGUAGCAUGAGCAGCACCACCUCAUUGAGUGCUCAGAAUCCGGAAUCAUCAUCUACUUCCGAUUCAGAAGGAUCUUCAGAAAGGAAUAAUAGCAGCCCAGGCAAUCUGCCAACCAAGAGUGGUUCACGUUCAUUACUUGAGAUGUGUGCAGGAAAUGGUUUCAGAGAAUACCAGCCACAAAACAUUCACCCUCCUGAUGCUAAUCAAUUUGGGUUUGUUGCGACCCCAUUCCAGGAGCAGCCGUUACAUCACCAAAAGGUUCAUGCAGCACCAUACCCAUCAACCUUGGUGGGUUUCCAUAAUCAUCACAUGCCAGUUGCAACAAAUGGAUACUUACCGUACCACCCUCAACCUGGACAUUUCUACACGAACCCUGUCGGAUAUGGCAUGGCUGGAAACCAAUGUGUUGACUUCUCAAUGCAGUACAGUAAUGUACAUCCUUACGCAGGUCCUGAGUUUGGUUUUGUACCUGCACAGCCAGUCCACAAGACUCCGGUGAGCUUUAACACCAUGCCACCAACUGCGCUCUUCAGAAAUGGAGCGCCAGCAGUGAUGAAUCCUGUCAUCGUAAAACCAGAGAGGCAACAUCAGAUUGCCCUUACUCCUGAAUCAAAGCAGGUGGGUCCUCAGAACGGCUGUUCAGAAGACAAGAAGCCGCAAGAUGCCUCUGCGCCUUUCUCGCUGUUCCAUUUCAACCUUCCCAUAUCCUCUCCUGCCCAGGUGUCCCAGGCAUCAUCCAAAGACGAUGAGGCGAGUGGAGGAUCUAUGGCGUCGAGAACAUCAACUCCAGCAGGUCAAGCUCAACCCUGCUCAAGGGAGGAGACCAACAUAAAGGAGUACAACCUGUUCUCUGCCAGGACUGGAGUCAAAUUUUCGUUCUUCUAGACAACAGACUCAGCUAUUAUUUGGCACAGCACAAUACAUAGCGAGUGAUUUGUAUUCUCCAAAAAAGAAAACAAAAUAAGGUAACUCGAGGUUUUUACUGUCUUUCCCUCGAAUAUUUAUUUCUUCUUCCGUUUGUUUUGGUUGCACUUGUGUGUAAGGAAAAUUGCAAAGAUAGAGUGGUAUAGUUUCUAAAUUUUG